CGGCUGCCUGUUCCUAUGGAAACCAGAUAGCGCCCCCCCCCCGGCGACGUGCAACUCACGCGACGGAUCCGUCACGUGUGCGCGCUGACGUGACGCGCAGGACCGGCGAGAUGUGGCGCCGCCAGCGCUCCGAGCGGCCGGCUCAGACUGAAGCGAAAUCUCCCUGCACCCGAAAUCUGUUUUCUGAGAAUACCGGUUGACCCUACAAAAGAUGUUCUUGGCAGCCCCUGCGGGUCUGCAGUUGGGCAGCUGUCAAGGGACGCCCCAAGACACCCCGCAUGACGGUAACGCCGCCGGCUUUUGCGAAGCCGUCUGGCGAUAGUUGAAUAGGAAACCUGAAAACCUACUUGGUCAGAAGUCAGAAUAAAUAAAUAAUGCGUAUUUGGAACCUCAGUACCGGGACAAGAUUAAAACUGCUGAUAACACGUGUUUAACCUACUGCACCUCUUUGAUUGCUGAUCCGUGCUUGACUGCCUCAAGGGUUCCUGGCAAGAUGGCAUCUUCCAGACUUCCCAUCCUUCUAGCACUGGCAUUUUCCUCUUUGUCCUUUGUUCUUUCCCAUUCAAACAGGGAGAUGUGGUUUAAGCAUUUCUUUCCACCUAACGUGUGCCCUAUAGAUGCCAAAGCAAACACUUUUUACGGCAUAAUGUUUGACGCAGGAAGCACUGGAACCCGGAUUCACAUUUACACGUUUGUGCAAAAGAGCCCAGAAAACCUUCCAGAGUUGGAAGGGGAAAUCUUCGAGUCUGUGAAGCCAGGUCUUUCUGCAUAUGCCGAUCAGCCUGAAAAGGGUGCUGAAAGCGUCAAAAGAUUGCUGGACAUGGCCAUAGAGGCUGUGCCACCUCAUCUCUGGAAGAAGACCCCGGUAGUGUUAAAAGCCACAGCUGGACUGCGCUUGCUGUCAGAGGAGAAAGCUCAAGCUCUGCUUUUAGAGGUGAGAGAAGUCUUUGAGGAAUCACCAUUUCUUGUGCCAGAGGACAGUGUUAGCAUAAUGGACGGGUCUUAUGAAGGAAUUUUAGCCUGGAUCACUGUGAACUUUUUGACAGGGCAGCUGUCUGGACAAAACCAGCACACUGUUGGGACGCUGGACUUGGGAGGAGCCUCAACCCAAAUCACAUUCCUGCCACGGUUUGAGGAAACUUUGAAGGAAACCCCUGGCGAUUUUCUUACCUCGUUUGAAAUGUUUAAUAGCACCUACAAGCUCUAUACCCACAGCUAUUUGGGGUUUGGACUAAAAGCUGCCAGACUAGCAACGCUUGGAGCUUUGAAUGUGGAAGCUGUGGAUGGACAAAUGUUCCGCAGUUCUUGUUUGCCAAAGCAGCUGGAGGCAGAGUGGCAUUUCGGGGGAGUGAAAUACCAGUAUGGUGGCAACAAAGAAGGAGAAACAGGAUUCAAGCCUUGCUACUUGGAAGUACUCAAGGUUGUCAAAGGGAAACUACACCAACCAGAUGAGAUUCGUGGAAGUUCCUUCUAUGCUUUCUCCUAUUACUACGAUCGUGCAGUUGACACCAACCUAAUUGAUUAUGAACAGGGAGGUGUUCUGGAAGUUAAAGAUUUUGAAAGAAAAGCCAAAGAAGUCUGUGAUAACAUGGAAAGGUACAACUCAGCCAGUCCUUUCCUCUGCAUGGAUCUCACUUACAUCACUGCUUUACUGAAGGAAGGUUUUGGAUUUAGAGACAACACACUCUUACAGUUAACAAAGAAAGUGAACAACAUAGAGACAAGCUGGACUUUGGGUGCUACUUUUCACCUGCUGCAGUCUCUGGGGAUAACCCACUGAGGCGCGUCAUUCCUGUGGACUUCAGCAUUUCUGAAAGGCUGAGAAAGUGAAUUGAAAUCUCCAGGUGUGUUGUUCAGCUGGAGCUGGUCACAGAGCAGAACAUGGACCAAAGCUAUAGAACAGAUCUUCACGCAGGAUUGGCACCGUGCAUAAUGAGAGUUGCCACAGUAUGAUUUAUAGUUGUGAUUGCCAUAAAUGAUCCAGAAGCUGCCUUCUGAAAGUCAAGAGGCCUAAACUCCAGCAGAGUGUCCGCAAGGGGCUCAAAGCCGGCUUUCACCAGCACAUUGUAGAGCAUCCCAUUGCUAGAAGCACAGAGUAUCUGGCAUGUGGUGGUAGACUACAGACACAUGAUUUCCCCCUUUUAUUUUAAACAUACAUAACUUAAGUUUGCUCAUGAGAUGUUAAAUACAGAAAUUUAAGAUGGCAUCAAGUCAUUCAGAGAAAAGUGAGCGACUCUGGAUGCUGCCAGCCUCAGCAUUCCAAGUACCCAGCUGUUAGCUAAUACAUUGCAAAGACUCCAGCCUUUCAAAGGGCCUGCUACAAGCACACUUUGGGCAUGGUUUUGGCAGAAGUGUUGGCUAAAAUGUGGGUUAUAACAUACCAAGCAUUUCUUUAGGCAGCAGUUGUUUCCGAAGCAGAAUGUGUGCCUGGCUGUUGGUGUUCAUUUUGCUGCCUUUUACAGGGCGAUGCUGCUAUACCAUACAUCUGGCUACCAGACCUGAUAAUGUGAUUCAUGUAGUUUUAACACAUUGUGUUGGCACAACUAGACAGCACUGCCAGCAAUUUAAACUCCACUGCUGAAAGAAAUGCUUGUCACAUUACACCCAUGAGGACUUGAAGGGUGCAGCCAGCUGAAAUGGCCGAUCCAAGAGCUCGCUUUGCUGCGAGAGGCAGUUUCAUUUCUCUGCUCUCAGCAGGGUGCUCCCACAGCUGCCUUUCCUCUGAUGCUGGUGCUCCUCAGGUUUUUCAGUGAACUCAUUCACCACACCAAGCUUGAGUUAAAUCAGCUCACCAGAGUCAACUGUAGCACUAGCACAGGGGAAAUAAGCGCUGCACAGCCCGGGAGAGCUGCUGGGCCAGUGAGCUGUUAGAACACCACUGCUUGCUUUAUGGGAGUGAGCUCUAAGGUGUGGUUUCCUGUUUGAAAGUGUGGACUUAUUGCUUCCUGCGUUCUCCUCAGGAACCACCUCUGAAUGCAGACCUAUGUUGAAACAAGUUUUUUUCAGUUGCUUAAUAGAUGAAAAUAGGGGGAGUGACAUUAGCAUCAGAAACAGAGGGAGAACAAGAACAGAGGUAGCUUUGCUUUCUUAUCCCUUGUUUGCUUAUCCAUUGCCCAUUUAAAAUUGUCUCUAAUUCAGUAUGGUGCAGUUGGACCCGUAUGUAUGCAGCCCUGCAUUGAUCUGGAAUUAUAUUUAUUAUAUACAGCAGGGCUUUAGGAAUAGUGCAUCCAAUGAAGGGGUUGCAGCUGUUGAGGAAGCCCAAGAGUUCUGUCAGGAUAGCACAAAGCUUCUUGAGUAACAAUUUUAAGUGGAUUUUGCCAUCGUUCACGCCAAACACAUAGAAGCAAUGGAAGGUCAAUAUAAUAAAUAAAGCAUCUUGUCAGAUAGGCUAGAAAGCUGGCCUGUAGAAUCCUGGUUUUCUUGUUUAAUUGGCUGUAAAGAAAAUCAAGAUGGCUCAAAUACCUUCAAGCUUCAAGUGCAGACCUUGCAUUGUCCUAAAUAGAAACAGCUGUAGAGACAACUUUUUCCACCCCAUGAAAUAGCUGGCAUCUAGCUCAUCCGUUUGCUCCUAUUUAGCAAAAUUUUAAUAUCUUCUACUCACCAUGGAAUGUGUAACAUCAAGAUGAAUUUAGCCCAGUCAAAAGAAGACAGGUGUUACUCGCAUGACUAAGGCUUUUAUCCACUAAUCUCUUGUGAUGAACACUUUCCUGUCAGGCCCUUAGCUCUUUGCUAUGACACACCUUUCCCACUUCUGUAAAACCAAAGACUUCACGCUACCUUCUCUGCAAACUGGACUUGAAAAUAAUUUGUAAUUGCCAGCAAGGGGAGGAAGUAGCACACUCAGGCCCUCACUAAUCAUUUCAAGCAGACUUAAAAAUCUUUUCAAAGACUUAGAAAUUUGCCUUACUGUGAACAUUAGUUCACUUCCUCUAGUUAGCAGCGUAAGUUUGAUGGUGGCUGACUAAGCUACCCCCUUCUCACAUCUCAGGUUUUACAGCACCAGGGUGCAAGGUGUGCUUUUGAUUGAGCAAGUUCAGUCAGCAACAAGAGUCCAAGGGCUGGGGCUGGAGCUAACUGGACUUGUCCCACCACUGACACCUUGCUGUAAAUUCAGGCUGUUUCUUUCAAAUAUGAUCUGCUCAUCCUACCUGUCCUAUCCCUUACCAUAAUCUGUUUUGAGAUCCAUGUUGGGAAAUUCCUCAGUGUCACAUCAAAGUUCUGUCCCUUCCUCACUAGGAGCUUCUGUUUGAACGUGAAGAAAGUCGUUGUGGCCUCUUCUCAACCACAACUAUUUCUUAUUCUCCUUCCUAGUGUUUGGCAAAACUUAGUAUAUGGUCUGGUCUGCACAAUGAACACAUUCAUUUUGUUUUCAGUGAACAACUGUAUUCGCUUUCAUAUUCUCAAAGAGCACAGAGUAGGAUGCAGUAGUUACUAGCCAGGCUGCAUGACUCCUGAGAACUAGGUAAUUUAAUGAUCCAAAAGUCUCAGUCUGAGCCAGUGCUAUGACAAACUCCUACCACAUCUUGGGGCUACGAGGCACCAGCAGUGAGGCUGUAUUUGAAACAGGACGGGAAGGUGGGGUGUGAUGCAUAAGGAACAACCAGCAGCAGUGUAUCUGCCAGCUGCACAGACACUGGCCCCGAGGAGUACUGCGGGGCUGGGUUUUGUCUGAAGGGAGGGUGCUCUAGAACAAGACGGGUAGCCUGCAGAGGGAGUUUAUUUUCUGCAUUCUUUGCCUCAGACUCUGGUACUACAAAUGCUAGGUGGGAGCAUCUGCUUCCCAGCACCAAAGUUGCAUGAAAUCGGAAUGCUCAGGGCCUUCCUUGGUCAGUGGCACAAUGCAUUCACUGAAGCAUAACUGCUGCUCUCUACCAGGGGCCUGAUCCUGCAGUCAUGAGAGAAACAAAAACUCAGCUAAAGGUUUCUUUUGCGAGGAAUUGCAGAAUUGAGCCCCUGCUGUUUACAUCUGAACUAGUCAAGGUGGGUGGGGGAUCUGAGAAGCCAGUUGAGUCCUCACACUUAUCCUAGUGCAAUGAGAUUAUUUAUUAGCUCAACUAAAGACUCAGGAGCCUGUUAAUAGAAGAGUUCUACUUGCAGCCCUGAUUUUUAUCUCCUCCUUCCUAGUGUCUUUUAGCUGGUCUCUAACAGGAACUGUCUGAUAUGAGUGACUGAAGAAGCACAAGUAAUGGCUUUCAGUUCAAACCUUAUGUUUCAUUCUUUCUGCUGUUAAUUCCCAAGAGUGGUUAACCAUAUGUGUAAAUCUUGCCCACGGGCAGUGCUCAGUUAAUGUUGCGAGUGUCAAAUGUCUAAUGCAGAGGCUGGCGUUUGGAACCUAAGACAGAAUAUCUUGAAUAUCUAUUUUAGUAAUUAAAGCAUUUUUAACAAUGUUCAA